AGCCAUUCACUUUGAUAGCGCAGACAAGAUCAUGCGCUUCCUCGCUCGACUCCUCACCUUAGCUUCUCUGGGUUUCAUUUCCCUGUUGUGGUGGAGCCACCUUCUCUGGAGAAACACACGACAGAACCAAGGUAGGAUUCACCGCUACCAUAAGAAGACAAUCCGAGAAACAAUUAUAGCCUAAUGCAGUCCACCAAUGUAUUCUCGUUCUGCCAAGUGCCUUUGAGUUCAGUCAUCAAGCGUACUAGAGGACAGGGGUUGUACUUUUAAUAAUUAUUUAGAAUGAAGGAUUCUGACAGAGGAAGCUUUUCGCACCUCUGUAGCCUUUUGCUGUAGUAGUUGUGGUAGUUCUGUAGAAUAUCUCAUAUGGUGAGAUAUUCAUAAAUGCCCAUUCCUUGGUCCUGUUUACUCAAAUAAAUUAUAUGUGCUUUUAGUCUUCUAUUUAACAUUCACAUUGACUGGAGAGCCAGUGUGGUGUGGUGGUUAUUGUACUAGACUAGGAACUGAGAGACCAGUGUUCGAAUCCUCAUUCAACCAUGAGGCUCACUGGGUGACAUUGGGCCAGUCACUGCCUCUCCACCUAACCUACCUCACAGGGUUGUUGUGAGGAUAAAAUGGGGGCGGGAGAACCAGGUACACCACCUCAAGCUCCUUGGAGGGAAAGAUGGGAUAUAAAUGCAAUAAGAUAACGAAAUAAUAAUUUGAAAGCAUUUGACAGAUUCAUGCAUGGCAUCUAAAAAACAAAGCACAUAUAAGGGGACUCUAUUUCGAUUAGUAAUAGGCAAUAAAACAACUCAAUAGUAAUUCUGCUGCCGUGCAAGCCAGUGAGAAUAAUUUAAUCCCAGGUCCACAGUCCUUAGCACCCUUCCCUUGCACAGACAAACUCCGCUCCCUCCUCCGAUCCUAUUUUGCAGGCAGAUUGGCCAUGGAGGAUGCGGAAGAAGAUGCCCCACAGACAUUUGACAGUCUCCUGCAUAUUCAGCAGCUCAGGAAAAAGGCGCUGAGGUCCUUCUGCAGCGAAAGAGGUAAAAUCACCCGACUCCCACCUACCCAACAGGAAGCUUCCCAGGCCCUGUCUUCAAUUAUGGUGGACCACAAACUGCACUUCCUGUAUUGCAAAACCCCAGCCACUGGGGUGGAAGGCUGGGAGCGGCUGUUGGAGAUGCUUCUGGAGAAAAACGUUAGCCUGCAGCUGCCAAUUCCUCACCACCAGCAGUUUGGCAGCCAAAAGGCACUGAGUGAGUAUAACCGGACCUCCAUGGAGGCUAUAAUGCAGUCCUACACCAAAGUGAUGUUUGUCAGGGAGCCUUUCCAGAGACUUAUCUCCGCUUACAUGCAUGGGAUGGCAGACGGCCUAAACUUCAAGGAGUUCGUUCAGUACAUCUUAUACAGCGGGUCCAGGAAUCGCAGCAUGGAGUGGACACCGUCGGUCAGUCUGUGCAGACCGUGCCUCAUGCGGUAUGACUACGUAAUAAUGUUUGGGUUCCUUGACAACGAGGUGCGCCAUUUAAUGCUCCGGGCUGGGCUUCCGGAGAAUAUCCGGAUCCCCGAGUUCAUAGACUCCAAAAUCCGGUGGACCUAUCGCUGGCUAGAAGAGCAGAUGCUCAGCCAACUGUCCCUCAGGGAGAGGAAAGGACUAUGCCACUUUUUCCGGUUUGACUAUCAAGCAUUUCGCUUUCCCCGCAGUUUGCUCUGGAACCUCACUUGCAUUCCAGGAAGUGGUUAGGGUUGUUUUGGCUGGAAGAACAGAGAAAGGCCUUUACUGUGAUCAAGGACAAAUGCAGCAGAAAUUAGCUGGUCUAGUGACAGCCUCUUUUGUAUACAGAAUGGGGAUCUACGUUACUCGUUGGUCAGCAGGGAUUCCUGGUCAGUAUCUAUUUUUCCUGGAGAGCUACUUUGAAAGCAUGAGUGAGAAAGAGCGUGCAGCCUCAGCAUGCUAUUUUGUUGUUGUUUAGUCGUUUAGUCGUGUCUGACUCUUCAUGACCCCAUGGACCAGAGCACGCCAGGCACUCCUGUCUUCCACUGCCUCCCGCAGUUUGGUCAAACUCAGCCUGCUAUAGUGAACUCCAUAUAUGUUUUAUUGCCAUAAAUGGCACUUUCCCCAUAUCUCUUGCCUCUAGGUUGGCAACAUGGAACAUGCAGCACCUCCCAGGGCUGGAUUUUACUUACAGGUCUCCAGUUGCUGACCUAAUACAAGUUUCGCAGUGAUGAACAAAAUGAAUGGUGUGCGUAUACUUCUUAGGAAGCAGGUGAUAAAGUAAAUUUUCUGCUGGCUCUCUUGUGAAUCUUAUGUUUUCUUCACAGGCUGUGUUCUGAUUGUGUUAUUUUCCCAUAUAUAUAUUUCUUAGUUUGUGGCCAUAAUAAAACCUAAUCCAUCCAUCCU